UAGAAUAUUAACAAGGUAGAGGGGUGGAAUAAACAAGACACACAAGUGCCGAUAUAAUGACAUGCGCAAUUUAUAAGGAAAAUGUUAGGAGUACAAAACAGAGACCAAGAGAGAAAGAACGUAAUACAACUAAAAUACGUCUUGAAGGUUUAUAACAUUUGCCAUGACAAAAGAAGAAGCAACAUCUCAAUUAACUCGAAGCAUAUUUCAUACAAUUUAUGUAAAGUUUUCACGAGCCCGUAGAAAACUAUAUGGAUGGCGUCAUUUAGGAUGGUUAGUUUUGUUGGUCGCUGCUCUGAACGUUGUUUGCAUAGGGGGCAAAAGAAGGGCAUUCGGAAUAUUCGUUGCUGCUCUACAUAAAGCUUAUAAUGACACAAGCAUGACGGAAUUGAAUUGGGUUGGUGACAGUUAUGCUGCAGUUGGAUUCUUUUUAAUGCCUUUCGCUACAACAGCAAUAAUUCGAUGGAAUCGGCCGUAUAGAUGUACUAUGGUUCUAGCCGGUUUAUUAAUUUUUAUAAGUUGUAUGACUUCAGCAGUAGUGCCUAGUCCAGGGUACCUAUUCCUGACUCAUACACUAAUACAUGGCCUUGGGUCUACACUUAUUUUAUGUGGAACAAGUCUUGUAACAGAAGAGUAUUUUGACAGAUCUCAUCGAUUUCAUGUUUUGGCAACUGCGUUUGUUUCCGGUGGACCUUAUGGUGUACUAAUAUUUGGUCCAUUGUAUUCAAAUUUAAUACAAAGCUACGGUUGGCAAGUGACAUUUCAAUUAAGUGGAUUACUUUUCUUACUUGUGACAUGUCUAGCCGGAGUUGUUUUUAUUUCGCGAGAUAUAUUUGAAUAUAACCAAGCUAUGUUGGAGAUUUCUGAUACAUUUGAAGAAAAUACCAUGAACAAAGCCUUACGAAAAGAUUCUUUAUUGUUACAUAAUUCUCCGAAAGCCAGUGAUGGACGGAGAUGGGCUUUUUGCUCAGUUGAACAUUUGAAAAAUAAUCCACAAGUGUUCGUCUGGGGAUUUGAACGCUUACUUCAUAAUCUCGUAAUAUAUGGUUUACUAAUGAACAUGACAGCUUAUGUAAGUGAAGCUUUAAAUGAUCAAUUGGUAAUGGGUGCCCGCGUUAACUUAUACUUUGGUAUAGGAGAAUCAGUAGUAUUUACACUUGGAGCUUUAAUCGGUGAUCGUAUAAGAGGUUAUUUAGCAUAUGCUUAUCUUAUUGGGGCACUAUUUGCAGCUCUAUUUUUGGUUAUUAUGCAAAAUACAUAUGAAGAUUUAAAUGUGGUUUAUGUACUGGCCGGAUUUACUGGUGCUACUGUUGGUGUAGGCAAUACGUUUCUAUAUGCUACUUCAGAAGAGAUAAUGAUGGUUCAUGGAUCGAUUGCAUUUCCUAUGACAAAAAUGAUUGCCGGUAUUGGUAUGCUGUUGGCACCAUUAUUCUCUGGUGCGAUUAUUGAUGGAUUUGGAUAUGGUGGAUUUUUUAUUAGUAUGGCGAUCCUAGUGUCAAUAAGGGCUAUUCUCUUAGGUUUUAUAUGUUAUAUAUUAAAUCUCAAGAAAAAGUUGCUUUUAGCUAGUGAAAAAGAACACGUGUCUACAAAUGAUAAUAAUCUUCAUCAUUGUUGUCAAAAUACUACUAAACAAGGUAGUGAAAAAAUAGCCGAAAUAAAUGAAAUUGAUAAUGCAAAAUCUGAAAUCACGAAUGGAUUAUAUUAUAAUUCGACAGAACAUGAUUUAGAGAAACGUAUUCAAACUUCUUCUGAAUGGUAUUAUGACAAUGAUCGCCGAAUACCAUAAACCUUUUAUGCAUAAUAAAAUUGUAUAAUUUAAACAUUAUAUUGAAACUUAUGUUGUUAAAGAACUAAGAAAAAACGAUAAUUUUAUUUACAUUUUAUUGAAUGAAUUUGAACUUCUACGGUAGAAUUGUUUAAAAGUAUAAAAUUAAUUGAAUGAAUGAAGAUUGAUCCAAACUUUGGAGAGAAUUUCAGGUGAUAUAAUUUUUGUUAUUUUACUUUUCGAAAAACGGUGAAGUGAAUCCUAUCAAAUUUAAAUUUAAUCCUUACAGUGCAUUUAGAAAUAAAGAGUUUUUGUGCAAACAAUUGAUUCAAUAACUUUUUCAUCAGGCUACAUAGUUACAGAUUCAUAAUUAAAUAUAAUAUAUGUUGAAUAUAGAGAACUUAUGCUCUGGUUAUCGUUUGAUCAUAUAUCUCAAAUGUAUACCAUGUAUUAUUCUCAACUCUCGCUUCAUUCGUCACAAUCUAUAUGGAUUUCUUACAUUAAUUACCAUGAUAAUAUUUCGCAAUGAUUUUGAAAGAAAUUUUCUUAAAGUUUGUUGAACUAAUUUACAUUUUCAAGAUAAUUAUUGCAGAUUCAAAAACUGUUCAAAAUCGGUACUAAUUUUCGAACUUCAAGUUGAGAAAUUUAGGACUUAUUACAGUUUGCUAAAAAAGAUCCUGACUGCCACUCAAUAUAGCAAGUUCAACGAGACUAGGUGUUGCAAACUUAAAUCUCUGUACAUCGUGGGUGUACAGUGUCAAGAUUCCUAAAAUCAAGACGAAACAGUUGUCCUGUGUUCUCUACAACUAUCAAUUCGUAACACAGCUUGUAUCAAACUGAAAUAAAUGAUUUAUGUUUGAUAAAAUAUGGAGAAUCCUUUAGUAUUCAUAAUAUUAGAACUGAUACUUCAUAUAUUUUAUUGUUUAAUUACUACAGUUGAAAGACAUAUUUUCAUUUCAAAGUUUUUCCGUGACUAAGAAUUCUCGACCACAGAAAGCUUCUUGUUACUUUUGAUAUUGGGCUUUUAAAGAUUUUCAACUGUUCUCAUAAUUAAGGACCCUAUUUAGAAUUUUCCACCGUGGAAUUAAUUACAUCAACGCCAACUGUUUGUCACUUAUACUAUGUUGUAUCUUUGUUAAAAUCGAUGGAUGAUAAAAGUUAUAGGGAUCUGAAGCUUCGGUCCCAUCAGAAGAUGCUUGUAAAUGGUUAGAAAUGGUUAUUUUAGCCUUCUGAAUUAUUAGGUGUACAAUUACAGUUUUGUUAAUGUA